AUGACUGUAACAGCUCUCAACAUGAAUGCCCUACAUUUAGGAGGUCAACAAGAAAUUGGAUUUUACAGGGAGAGUUGCCCCAGAGCAGAGGAGGCCAUGUCUGAAGCAAUGAGGAUGGCCAUCAAUAGAGACCCCACCCUUGCAGCCGCUCUCUUGAGAAUCCAUUACCACGACCGUUUCAUUGGAUGCAGGGUUGAUGCUUCAAUACCGUUGGACCAACCACCUGGCUAUCCUCCUAUGGAGAAGGUGACUCUUCCCAAUCAGAACCUCCGAGGCUUUGAAAUGAUGGACAUGCUGAAGAGGAUUCUUGAGAGCAUCUGCCCUGGCACCGUCUCUUGUGCCGACAUUCUUGCCCUUUCUACAAAAGAAGCUGUCACUUGUAUGCAUGCCACCACCACAAAAUUCACUCUCCCCACCUCUCAUUUGCUAGAUCCACUUUUCCCACCUGCAUUUCUCCUAGGUAUUUGCCUGUAUGUGCAUCUCCAGCGCAUGUAA